CGGUGAAAUUGAAACCAUCUCAUCUCCAGCGACUAAUCUUUGGUUGUAACUUUCAAAAAUCAAAUCUAGAAUUAAGACCUUAAGAUCAUAAAAGUAAUACCAAGAAAUAUACUCAGCCGCCAAAACGCCAGCUGGAGAAGAAACUCAAGAAAGAAACAAGAUAAUCAAAUUGUUCUUUUAUAAGAAUUAAAAUAAAUACUCACCCAAAACAACUCCAUUGAUCUCUCGAGACACAACACAACUCAAGUUAAGACCCAAAUUUUAGCAAAAAAAAAAACCCUCAAGUUAAGAAAACAAAAGGAAGUAAAGUCUCAGAUGGCUCAGAGCGGUUUCAAAAGUACUGUGAAAUUAUUGGGGACAUGGGGCAGCCCCUUCGCUUUAAGGGCUCAAGUAGCUCUACAUCUCAAGUCCGUGGAGUACGAGUACAUAGAAGAAAUCCUUAACUCCAAGAGCGAUCUUCUUCUGGAAUCCAACCCAAUCUACAAGAAAGUCCCUGUCUCAAUCUGCGAGUCUCUCAACAUCGUUCAGUACAUCGACGAAUCUUGGCCGUCAGAUCCUUCUAUCCUCCCCUCACAUCCCAAUGAUCGUGCCUUUGGUCGUUUCUGGGCUCACUUCGUCGACGGAAAGUGCUUUGAAACGAUCAAUGCGGUGGCCGGAGCAAAAGAUAACGAUGUGAGAAUGGCUAUGGCGGGGGACUUGACAGAGUGUCUAGCGUCGCUUGAGGAGGCGUUUCAGAAAAGCAGCAAAGGUGGAUACUUCUUCGGAGGAGAAAGCAUUGGGUUCUUCGACAUCGCUUGUGGGUCUAUGGUGGGCCCGCUUUCGGUCGUCGAGGUGUUUUCAGGUGUGAAGUUUUUAAAUGAAGAUACAACACCGGGCAUGCUUCGGUGGGCUGAGAAGUUCAGGGCCCAUGAAGCUAUGAAACCUUAUUUACCUACUGUCACCGAAUUCUUUGAAUUCGCUAAAAAGAAGUUUAAUGUUCAGUGAGGAUUUACAUCUCAAUAUGGUUUUAGAAAGAUGUGUUCCAAUCCAGCCAGAAACCAGUAAAAACAAUGAUAUAUUAAUUAUGAGUUUUGGGGGAUUUUUAUGUUACCAUUUUUUUUAUGUUAUGAGUUUUUGAUUGCCA